AUAUUAAUCUGAGGCUCUCAGAUUUUCUUCUUAUUUUGUUAAAGCUCUACUAUAUAGUUCAUGCUUCUCUCCGGUUCGAGUCGCUGAGUCGAAUCGUUUUCCGGUGACCGAGUCGGAGAAAAUGCUCGACGGACUGCUCGGCCGUGGCUUCGGCGCCAAGUGUAAAUCGCUGAUUAAAUUGACGAAGAGUCGGAUCGAUGUGAUUCGGAGGAAGAGGAACGCGACGCAGAAGUUUCUGAAGAAAGACAUAGCUGAUCUACUCGCCAAUGGCCUCGAUAUUAAUGCUUACGGAAGGGCUGAGGGACUUACAGUGGAGGUGAUACUUUCGUCGUGUUACGAUUUCGUUGAGAGAUGCUGUGAUUUGGUGUUGAAGCAUCUUUCAGUAAUGCAGAAACAGAGGGAAUGCCCUGAGGAAUGCAAGGAAGCUGUUGCAUCACUGAUGGUUGCUGCAGCAAGAUUUUCUGAUUUACCAGAGUUGCGUGACAUCAGGCAACUAUUUCAAGAGAGAUAUGCAAAUUCUGUGGAUUACUGUGUGGAUCAAAAGUUCGUUGAGAACAUAGCUUCAAAGCCUCCCACAUUGGAGAAGAAGGUUCAGUUGAUGAAAGACAUAGCAUCAGAGUUUUCAAUAAAGUGGGACUCCUGGGCCUUUGAACAAAGGAUGUCUAAACCUCCUGCAUUUAUACAGGACAAGCCAAAAACUUAUGGGUCUUUCCCUGUUACUGAUGAUAAAGACAAAUUGUCUAAUGGAAAAGGUGCAGUACCAAAAGGAGAUAGGCAUGACCAUGUGGCAACAGAAAGGAGACUUGAUCCUAAUGGUGGCCAAAAAUUACAGAACCUCAAGGAACUUAUUGCCUCGAAUAAUGAUGAGCUCGAUGAUCAGACUAGCCAUAGACAUUUAGGUAGAGAUUCCAAGUCUCUCAAAGGCCGGGAAGGUAGUCUCAAGGAAAAAGAGGGCCAUGGCAUCUUAUUCCAGGAAAGGCAAGAAGUUGCACAAAAGUAUGAGGCAAGAAGAGAGGAUGCUCCCCCAAAACCAGUUAGAUUAGGCAGUUCUUCUCGGGGAAAAGGACUGGAAAGGCAUUAUGAAGCGGAAAAUUUUGUUCCUAAAAGAGACGGCCCUGAUAUUCCACCUCAUGUAAAGCCAAAUGUUGCUGGACCACCUGUGAUAAGUAAUGGUAAAGAUUCAUUUGCUGGUAGAGAAGAAGGAACGCCUAAAUUGAAGCCCUUCUCCAACUAUGGCCUUCCUCCUCCUUAUGUGAAAUCUAAUGUCAGAGCAAAAGACAGAAAACAUGAAGCCAGUUUGGGUCAUGAUAAUUCUCAAGAUACGGGCAUCUCUACCGAUCCUACGGCAUAUAAGAGAGCCUUUGCUGAAAAUGUGUUGGAAAGGAUACAACUUGGUCGUGAUCAUGACAGGCGUGCCACUGCAAAAGUUGAUACUUACGAUCAUGAGAAGGAGCACAUUCAUCAGGAUGAUAUAGCUACCAACAGUAUACCAAAACCAAGAUCAUCUAGAAGGAGGCCCUCAAGAUCACGUUCCUCUACCAAUGAUGCUGGCAACAAUGAAGAUACAGGAGUUGUGAUGAGCAAACCAAGAAGCAGGAGUAGGAGAAGGGAUGACUCAAGAAGAGGCCUACAGCUGUUGUUUGAUGAUGACCACCACCACCGGAAAGAUGAUGAAGAGAGAAGAAUUGAUGAACUGCUGCUUCAUUACAGCAAAAAGCCAUCUAACAUAGAGCCAGGGCAAUCAAGAAGGAAGUCAAAAAGUCGUCAUGCAAGCAGAGAUGAGCGUGCUGAGGGGGUGUCUGAACCAACUCAUGUAAGAUCAAAUUCCCUUCCUCAUGAACAUUCAGGUCCAUCAGAGACGCCGAAAGUAUUCGCUCGUGCAUCUUCCUUCCAACCAGAUGGGUCCAACGCUCGGCACGUGCAUCCCAAAUUACCUGACUAUGAGGAUUUAGCUGCCAAGUUUGCAGCCUUAAGAGGAAGGUAAAGGUUUAAGCAAUCAGAAGCUGAAUUUUACAAGCACGAUUGGAAACCCAUUGCUAUAUUCUGUCCUGUUCAUUCACGAAACUUACCAAAGGCUAUCCUCUCAUUACUACCGAAUUUAACGGCACAGGCACCGUGGCACCACAUGGUUGGCCUCUUUACCUCACACUGAGAGUCCUAGCAAUAAGAGAAUAGCCCUCAUCUCCUACGAUUCAUGUAUAGGUUAUAUACUGAGUUUCAUAUCAUGGUCAUUUUUCGUUGUAACAGUUCUAACAGUGUGCAGCUUUGAUUGAUAGAGAUACUGAGAUACCAUAAUUUGACAGAAAGUUGAGAUUGAGAAUGCUUGUUGUAUCAGAGUUUCAGUGUCAUAAAUUUUCCAGACCAAAACAAGCGUCAUGUAUUUACCUCUGAACCAGGAUGAAGAAGGAAAGGUUAAAUU